GGAAGUGCGGCCUUACGGGCCAAGAUGGCGGCGCCCAGGUGGGAGUAACGAAUAGGUUCCUGGGCUUGAGGAUUAACUUCAGAGGUGAAUGAGCACAGUGCCAGAAGGAGUCUCAUCAGAGAGCUUUGGAGUGCCAAAAUGCUGUCCCGUCCCAAGCCAGGAGAGUCCGAGGCAGACCUACUGCGCUUCCAGAGUCAGUUUCUUGCCACUGAUGCCACCCCAGCAGUGCAGUUGGUGAAGAAAGGAAGCAGGAGAGGUGGCACUGCUAACCCAGAUCGGCCUCCAUGGCAGGACCAUCGGGAUGUGGUAAUGCUGGAUGAUCUUCCAGAUUUGCCCCCAGCUUUGGUUCCUGCUCCCCCAAAGCGAGCCAGGCCCAGUCUUGGACAAUCCCUACCUGCAGAUGAGGACACUGAGGAGAGAUUGAGCAGACACGACCAGCAUAUCACUGCUGUCUUGACCAAGAUUAUUGAACGAGACACAAGGUCAAUGGCUGUGACGCUGCCUGUUCCCAGUGGUGUAGCUUUCCCUGCCGUAUUCCAUUGCUCACAGGAGAGACAGGGGAAGCCAGCAGCAUGUGGUAAGAGGAGCCUCUUUGCUCAGGAGAUUGCAGCCAGAAGGGAGUUUGAAAGCAGGGGACCAUUGACUGCAGAAGCUAUGGCUCACCCGGGCCCACCAGAGGGUGCUGUGAGCUGUGAGGCACCCACUUCCAGGGACGAGGUCACUCAGCUUCUGGGGAGCAGCCAUACUUUCCAGAGGCCCCAUCUAAUCACAGGAAAGGGGCUCAGCAGCCAGGAGGCUGAGCAGGAGGUCCGGACCAUCCACGAAGAGAAUGUAGCAAGACUGCAAGCCAUGGCUCCAGAGGAGAUCCUGCAGGAGCAGCAACAGUUGUUGGCACAGCUUGACCCCAGCAUGAUUGCCUUCUUGAGAUCCCAUGGCCACAACCAUGAGCAAGCAGGAAAGAAGGUCAGUGAGGAGCAGAGGCCUGGAGGACCUUCAGUUCCCAUGACCCAAGAGGAGCCCACCGUGUCAGUGUCUGCCAGUGAACCCAGGCAGGACAGUGAGCUGGAGCCAGGAGCCCCAGCUCUGAAAUUGCCUAUGACCCCUCACAAAGAAUGGCUGCACAUGGAUAAUGUUGAGCUGGAGAAGCUCCACUGGACCCAGGACCUGCCCCCACUCCGGCGGCAGAAAACACAGGAGAAAAUGCAGGCCCGAUUCAGUCUUCAGGGAGAGCUCCUGGCCCCGGAUGUGGACUUACCCACCCAUCUAGGCCUCCACCACCAUGGCGAAGAGGCGGAGAGAGCAGGCUACUCCUUACAGGAGCUGUUCCACCUGACCCGAAGCCAGGUGUCUCAGCAGCGAGUAUUAGCACUGCAUGUGUUAGCUUUGGUCUUUCCUCUGGUGCCCAGUCAGGCGGACAAGGAAAAUGAGGAUGAGGAUGAAGAGCCUGCAGCAGGCAGAGCAAAAAAGAUCCCUGAGGAAGGAAGCCGCCCUCCCCCUGACCUCGCUCGAUAUGAUGUUAUCAAGGGGCUUCUGGCUACCAAUCUGCUGCCUCGGCUGCGCUAUGUACUGGAGGUGACCUGUCCAGCGCCCACUGUGGUCCUUGACAUCUUGGCUGUGCUCACCCGCCUGGCCCGGCAUUCCCUGGAGUUAGCCACAAGGGUACUAGAAUGCCCACGACUCAUAGAAACCAUAGUCCAAGAGUUCCUGCCCACUACCUGGUCCCCUGUGGCAGUGGGGCCUACCCCCAGUCUAUAUAAAGUACCCUGUGCUGCUGCCAUGAAGUUACUUCGAGUCCUGGCUUUGGCUGGUAGGAAUAUUGCUGCUCGGCUGUUGAGCAGUUUUGAUCUUCGAAACCGCCUGUGCCGCUUCAUAGCUGAGGCUCCCCAGGAGCUGUCCUUGCCCCCAGAGGAAGCAGAAACACUGAGCACGGAGGCCCUGCGUCUGUGGGCCGUGGCUGCCUCCUAUGGCCAAGCUGGUGACCUUUACAGGGAGCUGUACCCAGUGCUCAUGCAGGCCUUGCAAGCUGUGCCCACAGAGCUUAGCACCCACACGCCACAGCCCCUGUCCAUGCAGCGGGUAGCCGCUCUGUUCACUCUCCUCACCCAGCUGAUCCUGGCAGCUGGCAGCAGUCCUGAGCCUCACAGUGACUCUGCUGAAGCCCCAUUAGCCACCCCUUCCUCAGUCACUUGGAUGCAGAUAGCUGGACUCCAGCCACUAGUGGAACCAUGUUUGAGGCAGACUUUGAAGUUGCUGCCAAGACCUGAAGCUUGGCGUGCCCUGGGCCCAGUGCCUGCUGCCUGUCUGCUGUUCUUGGAUGCCUACUACCAGGCCUGGAGCCAGCAGCUAAGCAUGUGCCCUGACGAUUGGCUUCAAGACAUGGAGCGCCUAUUGGAGGAGCUGCUGCAACCACUGCUGUGUCAGCCUUCUCUGGGCAGCCUGUGGGAUUCCCUUCAGCUCUGCUCCCCUCUCUGCAACCCAUUGUCCUGUUCACCAGCCCCUGAAGCUCUCCCCAGCCUGGUAUCACUGGGCUGUGCAGGAGGCCACCCCCCACUCAGCCUGGCUGGCUCAGCUUCACCCUUCCCAUUCCUCACUGCUCUCCUCUGUCUCUUCAAUACCCUGGCUCGGAUCCACAAGGGGCUGUGUGGCCAGUUGGCUGCUGUACUGGAGUCCCCAGGACUCAAGAAAUAUUUCCUCCAGUGCGUGGCUCCUGGUACUGCCCCACACCUCACACCCUUCGCCGCAUGGGCCCUGCGCCACGAGCACCACCUGCAAUACCUAGCACUCUCUCUGGCCCAGAAAGCGGCAACAUUCCAGGCAGUGCCAGCCACCAGUGCUGCUCUCUAUCAUGCCGUGGCCUUGGCGCUGCUGAGCCGCCUGCUGCCAGGAAGUGAGUACCUCGCCCAAGAGCUGCUGCUGAGCUGUCUCUUUGGGGCUCUGGUCCUCCUUCCCCUGCAGCGUCGGUUCAGUGUCACCCUGCGCCUUGCCCUCUUUGGGGACCAUGUGGGAGCUCUGCGAGCUCUGGGUGUUCCUCUGACCAAGCUGCCUGUGCCCCUGGAGUACUACACAAGGCCUCCUGAAGAUAACCUGGCCCUGCUUCGGCUCUACUUCCGGGUGCUGGUCACUGGUGCACUCCAUCCGCAGUGGUGCCCUGUGCUCUAUGCUGUGGCUGUGGCUCAUGUCAAUAGCUUCAUAUUCUCCCAGGACCCAAAGAGCUCAGAUGAGAUGAAGACUGUCCGAAGGAGCAUGCUACAGAAAACAUGGCUGCUGACAGAUGAGGGUCUCCGACAGCAUCUCCUCUAUUAUAAGCUUCCCAGUUCCAGCCUCCCAGAAGGCUUUGAGCUAUAUUCCCAGUUGCCCCCACUGCGGCAGCAGUACCUCCAGACACUGGCUUCAGGGGUGCUGCAGGAUGGAGCAACAGAAACCUAGAGUCUCAGACUGUGGGUGGAGAGAUGGAUUCCUUCCCCAGCCACGCCAGAGGACAUCACAUCCUAGGGGCGGCCAAGCACAAAGGAGCAAGACUUGCCUGGAAAGAGCACACUGCUAGAGCUCUUAUGGAACAUAGCCUUUCUUUUCCAACCUGAUACGUAGAGCUCAGGAUCUGAGGAUUGCUCUGCUACAUGACUAUGCUUCUUACCCACCCCUAACCCCCAUCCUGGGCCAGGGGAUAUGGAUGUUAUGCUGCACACUGAAAGAUUCUUUUUAGUUUCCCAGUGAUUUGCAUUGACU